CGGGUCUCUCCGCCAGUCGCAGCCGGAGAAGAGUAUCGACAGCACGCAUUUCCUGGAGCUCUCCGUUGUUACGUGAAACAGAAAAAUGCGCAAACAUUUGUUUUAUCCUGGGAGAAUGGCCGUUUCAUUCCGUAAGGGACCACGGGGAUUUCUCCGUCAGGAUCCGACUGACGCAGCCAAAGUCCUGAAAGACAACCCGUCUCUGCAGGACAAGUCUGCACCUGUCAAGGAGGAGCUGGUCAGGCAAAAUGCGCUGACUGUGGUCCGCCAGAGAGGAGGAGACCCUUCAGAUAAAACUGAAGUGUCUGGAGAUUACAUCCUGCAGUUUGGGAAGUACAAGGGGAAGUCCUUCCGCUGGCUUCUGGAGAAUGACAUUGGGUAUACCAUCUACCUGAUCAGGAACCAGCAAAAGGAGGAGGCUGCAGGAUUGUUCAUGGCAGCGGGGCACAACAAGGACAGCCUACUGUCAUUUGUGACCUAUUCCCUCAUCUUUCCAGAAAUCCAAUCUCUUCUCAGCUAUGAGGAACAAAAGCCAGUUGUGGCAGCAGCAGCAUCGGAGGACGACCAGCUGGUUGGUUUUGGCUCUCGUGCCAACAACACCUGGCGAGAGAUUUGGGACAGCAGGGAGGAUGGCUAUUCAUCCUUCAUUGUGAAGACAAAGUGUGCUGCGGGGACAACGAUGCACAAGCUCCAACUCUACCUCCAGAAGAAGCUGCAUCCACCCACCGUGUCCUCUCUGAUGACACACGCCUCACAUGCUCCUGCUGAAGCCAUUGUGAUGGAUGAAGAUGAAGAGCUGGAGAGAGCGAUGCUGGGUAUCUCUCCUUCCAAGCAACACGUGCAGAGCUCUGUUUUUGCAUCAUCCUCAUCGUCAUCAUCUGCCAGAGAACGACAGCCUUUGAGAAGAGAAAGAGGUCUUUAACCCAAAGCGUCCUGCCGUCGACCGACACAACUGGGACCAUGAAUUCUUAUCCCACAUGAAGCAUGACUAUUCUCAUCCCGUCUCAUGUUGACCACGUUCUGGUCAUGUUUGUCUUUUGGUGUUCUACCUAUUGUCCUAGUGACUAUGAAUUGAUUCCAGUCAUGAUGAGGUACCAUCUGCUACACUGGCUGCACCAGCCAAGGCUAAGGGUUCACAAGUAGAUGCCCCUGCAUUACCAUCCGUAAAGAGACCUGUGCCCGUUCCCCAGGAGCUCAUGUGUCUGAUGCCCGAAGGAGCAGCUCAUCUGUCAACAGAGGCGACUGCCACAGUUCCUGGAUCAGAGGAGCUCCUGAUUUCUCCUGAGACGUCUGCAGAGCCCGGUCAACUGCCAACUCCACACAGAGAUCAAAGUGAGCCUUUACCCAGGCCAAUAGCUGUCCCCACCUGUCCUCCUCCACAGCUUCCUGGCUACGACCACGAUGUCAGCCAGUGGAACUGUUCACAGCAGCAGAGGAUCUGGAUGAAGACGGAGCUGGAAUCUAUGGGUCUCUGGCCAGGUUCCAUUCCUGUGCGGAACCCCAUGAAGAUGGUGUCAUUGUGGCGUUUGCCUCCCCAGCCUGAAUUGAUUGACAGCAUCUCCGAUCUUCCUUCCCCAAAGUACUUUCAGCUCCAUCCAUUUUUUAUAUGGAAGCCAGAGAACAAUAACCUCAUGGGGAGGAUGAGGAACAACGACACUCUGCCGUGUAUGGGAGGUUGUGCACGGCCUCAAGUUGCCUCUGCAGGUGUUGGUAGACCUCGUGUCGUUGUUGGCAUCACUGGACAGUACUACCUGUUGUCAUCCAGGCUGUGCUGCAAAGUGUGCAAAAAAAAGUGGUACGCUGACAACCCACUGUGGCUUGACAAACUCCCAAAGAGGUACACAAACCUCUUGCCAGCCAUCCUGACGUACAAUUUCAAUUCAAUUCAAUUCAGUUUAUUUUGUAUAGCCCAAUAUCACAAAUUACAAAUUUGCCUCAGAGGGCUUUACAAUCU